AAAGUUCGGGUGGGAGGAUGUCGUUCGGCCGCUAAUAAAUGCAUAAUUGAAAGAGAUUUAUUGCUGGCAGUGAUAACCCAGUACACAAGUGAGCUAAGAAGCUGAAGAGAGUGAAAAAAUGGCGUGAAGUAGCUUCAAAUCUCCUAAACCCAGUUCAUCUUUCACUCAGAUUUUAAAUUCGUUCUUUUAGGUAGGAAAAUGUGAACAUGGACGCGAUCGUUUCACUUGCUGAUUCAGAAACCCGGAAGGUUUCAUUAGGACUGGUUGCAUCUGGGUGUGAAGAUAGAAUCAGCAAAUUGCCUGAGGAUGUCCUCCUUUACAUUCUUUCCCACCUUCCAAUCAAAGAUGUUUUGAGAACUUCUGCUUUGUCAAAAAGAUGGAAAUAUCUCUGGACUUCUGUUUCCGAGAUUGAUUUUAAUGAGUACAAUCACGAACUAAGGUUGGACAUGAAGACUAGCUUCUUGGAUUCUGUGGAUAACGUCCUUCUCCGGCAUGAUCCUUCAGAUAUACGGAAAUUUCAUCUUGUGUUGAAAACGCGUAUCAUUGUGGAACGCAUUAAUUCAUGGGUAUCUGCUGCAGUAAGUCAUAAUGUUCAAGAGCUUGAUCUUUUCCUACCUGUUAAAAAACACUUUGUGUUGCACUAUAGUCUUUUCACUUCUGAAUCGAUUAGCAUAUUGAAGUUAAGGAUGGGCUCAUACUUCAAGUUUCCUUGUUUGAUACGCUUAUCAAACCUUAAAACCUUACAUCUUGCUGUUACAUUUCCGGAUGACAGAUCCACUGAAAGGUUUUUUUCUGGUUGUCCAGUUCUCGAAGAGUUGGUUUUGGACAAUUGUGUCUGGGAUCAUAACAAGAGUAUCACCCUUUGUAUUCCUACUCUGAGGGCAUUGACAAUUUAUAAUGGCCCUUUCUCCCCAGAUGGUUUACUUGAUUGUGUUAUCAUAGUUCAUGCAGAAAAUCUGACCUCUCUUCGAUACACAAGUUGUCUAGCAAUUGGACUCUUACCGUGUAACCUAACUUCACUAGAAAGUGCUUAUGUUGAUGCAUAUGUUGAUAUUACGUAUUUGGAACACACGGAAGAUGAAUUUCCUAAGCGUGCAAUAAGCCUACUUAGCAGAAUUCAUAAUGUUAAAUCUCUCACACUUUCAACUGAUACCAUGGAGUGUCUCUAUUUGGAAGAAAAUCUCCAAGCUGGCCUUCCUACUUUUUCCAGCUUGACUCAUCUUAAGGUGAACUUUGGAGAGUCUCAGUACCUAAGCGAUCAAUUACUGACGUGCCUUCUCGAAAAAUCACCCAAUAUAGAAUCUCUUGAGAUUCCUGAGGUUUUUUACCCUGACAGUGAUCGGUUAUCAACUGCUGUACCUCAAUGUUUCAAUACUCGCCUCAAAACUGUCAUGAUCUCAAACAUCGAUGGGGACGAUGUCAGGGAACUAUGGUUCUUAAAAUACAUGCUUGAGAAUGCAACCGUGCUGGAGAGGGUGAAAAUCUUUUGUGUUGACUCGGAGAUAGAAUUGGUGAAGCAGGAGAUCAACCAACAGUUACAACCAAUUCACAUAAGAUCAAAGAGUUGUGUAAUUGAGUUUUGUGACGAAAGCAAUCAGGAACCCGACGUUUUCCCAUGAUUUAUAUGCUUUUGAACUUGAAUAUGUUGUUAAAUGUAUGAUCUAACUAACAUGAUGACGCGAUGUAGGCACUACAUUUGCCAGGAUUUACUCGCUUUCGAACUCGAUUAUGAAGUUGAAUGUAUAAUCUAUUAGAUAAAACAAAUUGAGCAA